AUGGAGGAACUAAUCCCACUGGUAAACCGGUUGCAGGAUGCCUUCAGUGCCAUCGGGCAGAACUACCAGGUGGAUUUGCCUCAGAUUGCUGUGGUGGGUGGGCAGAGUGCAGGAAAAAGCUCGGUGUUAGAGAACUUGGUGGGCAGAUGGAUCCACGUGUUAUCUUCUACAGAAUAUGCUGAGUUCCUGCAUUGCAAGGGAACCAAAUAUACAGAUUUCAGUGAAGUGCGCCAGGAAAUUGAAGAAGAAACAGAAAGAGCAACAGGUCUAAAUAAAGGAAUUUCUGCCAUUCCCAUCAGUUUGAGAAUUUAUUCACCGCAUGUGCUGAAUCUGUCCCUGAUUGAUUUACCUGGAGUCACAAAGGUUCCAGUAGGUGACCAACCAGCAGACAUUGAGACACAGAUCAGAGAUAUGAUCAUGAAUUUCAUCAGCAGAGAAAAUUGUCUAAUUCUUGCUGUGACCCCGGCUAAUACAGACCUUGCCAACUCUGAUGCCCUUAAACUGGCCAAAGAAGUAGAUCCUCAAGGGCUUAGAACCAUUGGUGUGAUCACUAAACUGGAUCUUAUGGAUGAAGGAACCAAUGCACAAGAGAUACUGGAGAACAAGUUGCUUCCCCUCCGCAGAGGCUAUGUUGGUGUUGUUAACAGAAGCCAGAAAGAUAUUGAUGGAAAGAAGAACAUUAAUGCUGCACUGCAGGCUGAACAAAUGUUCUUCUUAACCCACCCAGCAUACAGACACAUGGCUGAUCGAAUGGGAACAUCACACCUUCAAAAGAUGCUAAACCAGCAGUUAACUAACCAUAUUCGAGAAACCCUUCCUGACUUGAGAAGCAAACUCCAAGAUCAGCUUCUGUCCCUACAACAUGAAGUUGAGGUUUACAAAAGCAUUAACCCAGAUGAUCCAUCUAGGAAGACUAAGGCAUUGCUGCACAUGGUACAGCAUUUUGCAGUGGAUUUUGAGAAGAGGAUAGCAGGCUCAGGCGAUCAAGUGGACACAAUGGAACUUUCCGGUGGUGCUAAAAUCAACCGUAUCUUUCAUGAACGUUUUCCAUUUGAACUUGUGAAGAUGGUUUUUGAUGAGAAAGAACUGCGAAGAGAAAUAAGUUACGCAAUCAAAAACAUCCACGGAGUUCGAACCGGACUGUUCACUCCAGACCUUGCGUUUGAAGCUAUAGUAAAGAAACAGAUUGUGAAACUGAAGGGGCCAGCUCUGAAAUGUGUGGACCUAGUGAUGCAAGAAUUAAUUAAUACUAUCAAGAAGUGCACAACUAAGCUUUCAAACUAUCCAAGACUUUGUGUGGAAACAGAAAGAAUUGUUACUUUUCACAUAAAAGAAAGUGAAGGGAAAACUAAAGACCAAGUUCUACUCAUGAUUGAUAUGCAGCUGUCUUAUAUUAACACGAAUCAUGAAGACUUCAUUGGGUUUGUAAACGCUCAGCAAAGAUGCAGCCUCCUUCAGAAGAAAACUCCAAUAGGAAUCCAGGUAAUUCGAAAGGGUUGGCUGACAAUUAGCAACAUCAGCAUCAUGAAAGGAGGAGCCAAGGACUACUGGUUUAUUCUAACUGCAGAGAGCCUUUCCUGGUACAAGGAUGAUGAAGAAAAAGAGAAGAAGUACAUGCUACCUUUGGACAACCUGAAGGUCCGUGAUGUGGAAAAAGGCUUCAUGUCCAGCAAACACAUUUUUGCUCUGUUUAACACCGAGCAAAGGAAUGUGUACAAGGAUUAUCGUUGCCUGGAACUAGCCUGUGACUCCCAGGAAGAAGUUGAUAGCUGGAAGGCAUCCCUUCUUCGGGCCGGGGUUUACCCUGAUAAAUCUAUGGUGGAUUUAGAAGAAAAUACUCAAAGUGAUAACUUCUCAAUGGAUCCACAGCUGGAAAGGCAAGUGGAGACGAUUCGUAACUUGGUGGAGUCUUAUAUGACAAUUAUAAACAAAGGCAUCAGGGAUCUGAUACCAAAGACAUUAAUGCAUCUCAUGAUCAACAGUGUGAAAGAGUUCAUACACUCAGAGCUCCUUGCCCAGUUGUAUUCAUAUGAGGACCAAAGUACAUUGAUGGAGGAGUCUACUGAACAGUCCCAAAAGCGUGAAGAGAAACUGCACAUGUAUUAUUGUCUUAAAGAAGCCUUACAUAUCAUUGGUGAUAUCUGCACAUCCACCACCUAUACACCAAUACCCCCUCCUGUAGAUGACUCUUGGUUAAAACCACACAGAUCUCCUUUAGAAAGUCCAACAUUCCAACAUUCCUCUAGUGCUAUUACUCCAAUGUCCUCCAUAACUGGACCAUCUGCAGGUCACAGUCUGCCAGCUGCUAUCUCACUUCCAAAUGCCCAUGUUGGAGCUCCUCCAGUGCCAUCCCGCCCAGGCUCUUUGCCUACUCUUCCAAAUAUCAAUGAUCCUGCUCUGAUCCCACCUCAGAUUCCUUCCCGACCAUCAAGAGCACCACCAAGCAUUCCCAGAAAGCCUUAUCACGAUGGUUCAUCCCCUCCAGAGAACACAGAGCUCUUGUUCAGCCACUGAGAUAUCCUGGCGCUGCCUACUCUGUAUUUCUGCAUCCUACAAGCACGGCAGGAGACAACCAAGCAAGACUAAUGAUAUCUGCUAGUAAUGCCAGCUACUUGGUGUUAGAAAAACAUCACCCUCAGCCCUUGCUGUUAGUUUGUGCCAAGCUAUGCCAUGCUUCCAUUUUGCCUGUAUACCUACAUUGGCACACCAGUAUCUACAAGUUGAUGCUAGGGCAUCACUGUGACUAUGAUAAGGGUCUUUAGACUGUAAGCUCCGCUGGGAUAGGGGCUGACAUGAAUCAUAACUAUACUCUGCAAAAGUUCUGCUUAAGCAUGUCAGCACUAUAUAAAUAACAGAAAAUAAAAUUACAGUCACAUGAAUAUAAAAAUAAAAAGUGAAAUAGUUUUCUAGCCAAAUAGCUCAUCAGUGCAGAGCUAUGCACCCCGAUAUUGGGGAAACUUUUGCAAUGAUUAUGUAGUUUUAUCUUCCACUUAAUAUUAUGUAAGUAUGCUCUUAACAUUGCACAAGAUAAUCAGUAUUGCCAGUGUGAUUUGUACUACUAAACUGCAUGCCUCCUCACAUAUAUUGCUAUGCCUUGUUUUACACACACAGAAUGUCUGGAUCGAACUUUCCUAGAACAAGAAAUAAAACAGUAUGAA